AUGUUAGGGGGCAAAAUGGUCGGCGACACGUCUGUGGCGGCUAUCGGCCUCGGUCUGAUGACGCUCUCGGGCACGUAUGGACCCGUCGCAAGCGACGAGGAGCGAUUGAAGUUCCUGGACGAAGCGUACGCGCGCGGGGAGCGCAACUGGGACACCGCGGAUCGCUACGCCGGCAAUGAAGAGCUCCUGGGCAAAUGGUUCAAACGCAGCGGCAAGCGCGCCGACAUCUUCCUCGCGACCAAGUUCGGGCUCGCGCACGGCGACUCCAAGCGCGUCGUCCGCGCCGAUCCGGAGUACGUCCGCGAGGCGUUCAACAAGAGCCUGGAGCGGCUCGGGGUCGACACCGUCGACCUGUACUAUCUCCACCGCGCGGACCCGUCGGUGCCAAUCGAGCUCACCGUGCGCGCCAUGGCCGAGCUCGUGACGGAGGGCAAGGUCAAGUACCUCGGCUUGUCGGAGGUGUCGGCGGCGACGCUGCGUCGCGCGCACGCCGUGCACCCAAUCGCGGCGAUCCAACUCGAGUACUCGCCGUUCGAGCUCGGGAUUGAGGAUCCGAAGAUUGGAAUACUGGCAGCGGCGCGUGAGCUCGGCGUGACGGUCUUCGCGUACUCGCCGCUUGGGCGUGGGAUCUUGACCGGGCAAUACAAAAGCGUCGAUGAUUUCGCGCCAACGGACUUGAGGCGGAUGUUGCCCCGAUUCUCCAAGGAGAACUUCCCGAACAUCUUGAAGCUCGUCGAUGGGAUCCAGUCGAUCGCGAAGAAGUAUAGCGCGACGCCGGGCCAAGUCGCGCUCGCGUGGCUUCUCGCGCAGGGCGAGGACAUCAUCCCGAUCCCCGGCACGACCAAGAUCGCGAACCUCGACGAGAACCUGGCGGCGUUGAAUCUGAAGUUGACGCCGGAGGAGGUGCAGGAAAUCCGCGAGAUUGCGAUCAAGUCAGAGGUGGCGGUGAUCGAGAGGUACCCGGAGGUGUGGAGGUCGUAUGCGUACGCCGACACGCCCGAGUUGAAAGAGUGA